AUGGAGGUGGUGUUGAAUAUUGGCUUGAGAGAGGUCGAAACGGAGGCAUGCCAACUUCUCAACAUCCUAGCAUUCUUUGACAACGAUAAUAUUCACAUGGAUUUGUUGGUGGGACCACAUGAGGAUCCGUUGCUUGAGAUGCUACAUUUAUACUCACCUAUGCGAUGGAACCGGAUGACGAGCAAUCUAUCGAAAAGGCGUCUUAUCACAGUGCGAAAUCACGAUGGCGAAGAAGUCUUGACCAUUCACCGCAAGUUGCAGGCGAAGGUCCUAGAGGAGCUCAAUCAACUCGAUAAUGCGGCAGAACGAACCAAAGUCUUCGAAAGAGGUUUCUUGCUUAUUCGAGGGGAGUUCGCUCGUCCUUCGCCAAUUCGGGUUCUGAGUAUAAAACGAUUGUGGCAGUCGAGGAUUGUCGAGAUUCCACCUUCAGUCAAGCUGGCCCGGCUUAUUUCUGACGCCGGUAUUGACCUGUGGGAAAGAUACCUGACAGUCGAAUGGCUGGAGCUUCUCAUAUCAGCAGAAGCUCUCCUCGAUCAAGGCGGGUUCCGGCAAGAUCUUCUCUGUGCCAACAUUCAUGUUGUGUUCAAAGAAGCAGCGCGCAUCUUUGACAUGUGCUUCGAGAAAUAUCAGCGAUGGGGACCUCCAGAAGAGAUUCCAUAUGAGUAUGCCAAGUAUUACCAUCACAAAGCCUACUGCCUUAUGUACGAAGGAAACUUUGAACAAGCCGUUCUCAUGGCCGAGCAUGGAUUUUAUUGGGUGCAAGUUGCCACCGGACAACCAGCCGGAUCCAAUAGAUGGCGCUGCGACCUCGCCUGUCUGGUCCUGCAAAGUGGUGAUAAAGAGCAUGCUCUGAAGCUGCACAAGGAGGUACUAACAAGUAGAGGCCAGGCUCAUAAGGGGUUGAAUGAAUUGAGCGAGGUGGAACUAUAUAUGAGAAAAAUUCUCGACAUCGACCAGGCCCACCCAGGUAUAUGCACGAAGGCAGCUCUGGCGCAAGUUCAAUUCAAUCUUUCGCAGAUACUUGCGGCUCGAGCAGAAGAUUCUGGUGUGAGACAAGCCAAGCUUUCUGCACGUCUCCAGGAGUCAGCCAUCCUGGCACAUCCUCUUGGGCCUUUAGAAACAGACACAGGCCAAGGCCAAGAUGGACUGCUCACAUCGAGUCUGAAUAGAAUACCCGAGGACCACGAGUUAGUAUUAUUCGACCACCUUCAGCCCGUUUUUGAGGGGUGGUUUACAGGACCACAUCUGCCGAAAUACCUUCAGUAUUAG